AGUCUAUGUAACAUCUGAGCUUGUAACAUCUGAGCUGGAUAGAAAAGAAUGUCAAUGAGAGACAUGUUGGAUUCACAAAACCCUGAGCUGGAAGCAGCAGGGUCCCGAAAAAGCUGGCACGAUCUCUACAAGAGUAGCUCGUGGAUAUAUGUGGGGGGUCUGGACUAUGGGCUGACAGAGGGUGAUAUUGAGGCUGUGUUCUCACAGUACGGCAAAAUAGUUCAGCUCAACUACGUUAAAGAUAGGGACACGGGUAAGCCAAAAGGCUUCAGUUUCAUCAACUUUGAAGACCAGAGGAGCACGGUAUUAUCAGUUGACAAUCUAAACGGUAUCAGAUUGUGUAAUAGGUUUCUGAAGGUGGACCACGUGAGAGAUUACAAACCUCCCGACUUCAAUGAGAGUCCUAGUGGUGGUGGCUCUAGUAGCUCCAAACAGAAACGAGAUCGGCCGUUCAAAGACAAGAGGGGUGGCGGUGGCGGAGGUGGCCAUGGCGGUGGUGGUGGUGGCGGCGGUGGUGGCAGAGGAGGAUACGAUUACAGUAGCAACAAUAGAGAAGGUUUAGGGAGUAGCAGCAGUAGCAACAACGAUAGAAAGCGGGCUGAUAGGCCAGGAUUCGGGUACAGUCGGAGAGAUAUCGAGCGUGAAGCCGCCAGUGCUGUUCCUUCAUCACGCAACUCAAGACGAUCCAGAUCUUCUAGUUCCAGUUCGGAGAGCUCACGUUCUCGAUCAAGGUCACCGUCAAGAAGUAGAUCGCGAUCAGAUAGACGUAGCAAGAAAAGAAAAGAUGUCAAACAAGAACCACGCAGUCCUCAAUAUAGAGACAUAUCACCUUAAAUUAUCAAGGGAUGUCAACGAAUCGGAUCGCUAUUUAUUUAAUCGAACACCAAGUAUUUGACAUUGUAUAUCAGCCUCAGCCUAUUUAUAACGAUGCUCAACACCACGCCAAGGGAUGAACAAGCCAUGAACCAUGUUGUCUUGCUUCGUUCUGGAGACUUUUAUCUCCGAGAUCAAGAAUUACAAACAGUAAACACUCAACCGUGAAACAUUUGUUACACAGUUGAUUGUAUUUUUAUCUUUUUUGGGCGUAAUGUUUACUUCUGGCAAUGUCAUCGCACAAUAUGCCCAGUGAUGUGGCCACUUUAUCGGAAGGCGCGAACGCCAAACACGUUGACUUAGCACUUACCACAUCGUUGUUCCCCCGAUUUCUGAGCAGCGCACGACAGUUUUAAUCGUUAUCGACUUCAGAAAUACACACCUUUUUGAUGCGUCUUUACUGUUUCAUUAUAAAAGGGAUCAUUCACACGUACGUUCGUUAGCUUUUUGCAAUUCCACACCUUUUCCAACAUGAGUAUGAUUAAGUAUCGAGUGAAUGACCAUAUUCGCUCUCGCAAGCACUAAGCAUACAUUCCAAAUUUAUGAACAAAGUCUCAAGUUUUGGCUUUCCAGUUUCCUUGUUGAUCAAUUUUUUCAGUUUCUAAUUCUUUUUUCGAAUGUAAACUCUCUGUCACGAAACUUUCUACCCUUGGCAGACUGACCCUCCCUCCCUAAAGUUGCUGACGUAACAUCUCCCCCUUUAUCUGAAUGAUCUCUUAGAUUUUACCGCACACGAUUUUCUGGCCGACUAAACUUUUUACAUGGCUUUUCAUAUGACAGUAAUUUUGAAUAUACCUUUUACAAAUAAUGGCUCUGAUAUCAUUGGAUGAAUUUCCAUAAGAUAUUUUGUUUUUGCUUCAACCGAUGCA